AGAAACAGAAACCAACAUCCAUCCGCAAUCUUGCAAACAAAAAACGCCCAAACGGCCAUCAUAACAUCAUUCAACACUACGGACGGCCAUAAUGGAAGAUAUUGGCAUCAAGGUUCCUGUUGAUGGUGACAAUGUAUAUGCCGCUGCCAAAGCAGAGCUGGUUGAGGAUAUGAGUGAGGAAGAUUUGUACACGAAAUUGAAAAAGCUACAGAGACACUUGGAAUUCCUCUCUCUACAAGAAGAGUACAUAAAGGACGAGCAAAAGAACUUGAAACGGGAACUCAUACGGGCGCAAGAAGAGGUUAAGCGUAUUCAAUCUGUACCGUUGGUGAUCGGGCAAUUCUUGGAGCCAAUUGAUCAGCACACGGGUAUUGUUGGCUCAACGACUGGUUCAAACUAUGUCGUUCGGAUCCUUUCCACCAUCGACCGGGAGCUCUUGAAACCGAGCGCGUCCGUUGCACUGCACAGACAUUCAAAUGCCCUCGUUGAUGUUUUGCCUCCGGAGGCAGAUAGCAGUAUCUCUAUGUUGAGUGAUCAAGAAAGACCGGACGUUACGUAUCAGGAUAUUGGAGGGUUAGAUAUCCAGAAACAGGAGAUCCGGGAAGCCGUGGAGUUACCUCUUACGCAUUUUGACUUGUACCGACAAAUUGGUAUUGACCCUCCACGCGGUGUAUUGCUUUAUGGACCACCAGGGACUGGAAAAACAAUGUUGGUCAAAGCGGUUGCUCAUCACACCACGGCAUCGUUCAUCCGAGUGAAUGGAUCCGAGUUUGUGCAAAAAUACUUGGGAGAAGGGCCACGUAUGGUACGGGACGUCUUCCGACUUGCUCGAGAAAACUCUCCUGCGAUUAUCUUCAUCGAUGAAAUUGAUGCCAUUGCGACGAAACGGUUUGACGCUCAAACCGGAGCGGAUCGGGAAGUCCAGCGUAUUCUAUUGGAGCUUCUGAACCAAAUGGACGGUUUUGAUCAGACGUCCAAUGUUAAGGUGAUCAUGGCCACGAAUCGGGCAGAUACCCUUGACCCAGCACUCUUACGGCCAGGUCGACUUGACCGAAAGAUUGAGUUCCCUACUCCUGAUCGUCGGCAGAAACGAAUGAUUUUCUCAACAAUAACAUCAAAGAUGAAUUUGUCGGAGGAGGUGGAUCUGGAGGAAUUUGUCUCGAGGCCGGACAAGCUCAGUGGGGCUGAAAUUGCGUCUAUUUGCCAACAAGCGGGAAUGUUCGCAGUGCGGGCCAACCGCUAUGUAGUCCUCUCGAAGGACAUCGAGAAGGCGUACCGCGCUAAUGUCAAGAAGACAGACACGGAGUUGGAGUUCUACCAUUAGUGGUCCCCUGUUCAACUAAUAUAUUCCAUGAACCAUAUUAUUUGCACAUAAACUCCACUGGCUUUGAGAGACAUCCUGUGUCCUUCUAGUUCCAUCACAUUAUGUAAUAUGAUCAGAUGGUGGAUGCGCCAACUGGGCCGUCCAAUUCAA